UUCCGUCCAUUUAAUUUAACGCUUCAUAGACUGAGCUAACACGAUAAGUUAGCAACUGCUCAAUCUAAAUCAUUUUUGUAUAACUUUGCCUUGGUUGUGGACAUUUACGUUACUGGAAAAUUUUUCUAACACCAAGUGGACAUGGCAGAGGCAAUCCAGAAAAAAUUACAGUCGGAGCUAGAAAAAUACCAGCAGAUGCAAAAAGAUGUCAGUAAGAGCAUGUCUGCCAGACAGAAGCUGGAGGCUCAGCUGACAGAAAACAAUAUUGUGAAAGAGGAGUUGGAUAUGUUGGACAACCAGAACACAGUUUACAAGUUAAUUGGCCCAGUUUUAGUAAAGCAAGACUUGGAUGAAGCCAAGGCAACGGUGGCAAAGAGGCUAGAGUACAUCAAUGGAGAAAUUCAAAGGUAUGAGACACUGCUGAAGGAGAUGGAGAAGAAGUCUGAUCAGCAUCGGGAGGUCCUGUCCAGUCUGCAGCAGGAGUACCAGAGAGCCCAGGGUCGGGCUGUGGGGAAAGUCUGAGCUAUAAGUAGAACGGAUGGACACACAUACACACCUUAAAUGCUCUUAAGAACAGAAAAGAAGUCCAGUGUAAGGAAGUGCUUGUCUUGCACCCUAUGGCAUCACCAGAGAUUGGAUAAGGCACAUUUUGUUUUCAUUGUAAUUCAGCAGUUGUUGGUGUUAGUGAGGCUUUCCAGUUGCUGUCAUUAAAAAUAAAGUGUUUUUUUUUU